UUGCGUGUAGAUGUGAACUGAUGAUUCUCRAUCAAGUGAAGCAGAACGUGGUGUGUAAUACUUAUCAAUAUUUUGCGCUUAAUUAUCCUACAGAAAUAGAUUUACUGCGUGUGCGUGGUGUGAAAGAGAGAGCGUUCUCUGGCCUAGAAUCUAAUCCACUUAGUGGUGCUCUUACAUCCGGCUUGUUGCCCGUCAGACACGUCCUCCAAUGAUGGACAAGACUGGCAGACACAGAGAGGCUAUGUACAGGACUGAAAUAGGAUGUUCAGAGGCUCUUGAUUGUUGCCACUCUAUUCAACAGAGAUGGAAUCAAUACUUUUUGCUCUAGUAAGUUUACAGCCGUCCGUGCAGCUAUUGCAAUGCACUCAAGAAAAGCCAUUCUUAUAACAAUAUCUUGUUAUUUCUCGCCUCCCUUUUCUUAUACACMACACUUGCACGUCCAUACAAAACUGUAUAAUGUACAUGAAUAUAUCUGCAACCCGUGUUAUGAUUCUGUGUAAGCACAGCACGCAGUAUUAUAUGUGUGGGAGUAGUAGUGGAUGGGUUGUUGUUGGCUGCGUUUUAAAAGAUUAACCAGGCCUAGGAGCUUAGUGUAAGCAGCACUCACUGUGCUCUGCUUCCGUACUCUGUCGCUAUCUCUGGACCCUUCUGCAGAUGGAGAAAGAUCGUGCAGAACACCUGAAGACUACUAAGCGUGCUUCUGUGCCUUUUUUAAUGGCGAUUUAAAUGGAAGUUUGAAGAUAAACUCGUUAACAUCCACGCCUGCUUUUUCUUUGGUUCAGAACUGAGCUGUGAGAGGUGUUUACCUCUCCUGCUUGUAGAGACUGCUAGUGAGGGACCGAAGACAGGCAGCCAUGAGAAUGUACUCACUGCUGCUACUGCUCCUGGGGUCCUCACACGGGGUAUUCACACAGCUGCCUGAGUUAAUGGAGGAGGAAGGUAGCGGUAAGAUAUUUUACUAGAACAGUAUUACUCGCGAUGGUUAUUGAAUGAAAGUGCCUAACUUUCGUGGGGUUUACCCUUGGUUCAGUACAUACGUUUUAGUCAUUUAGCGAUUUGUCUUAUCCAAAGUGARUUUAGUCAGCUCCAGAAUGUAUGUAAUCUGAUGAAAUUGAAAUGAUUKAUUCAGAUUUGACAGGUAACUUAGUGUAUAUUAUCUGAUGGAACUGAUCUGAUUCAGGUGUGACAGAGGCGACUCCAGAGCCAGAACCUGUGGAUGACACCUACUGGUCAGGCACAGCCCCCAUCUGUAUGGGAGGUUGUAAGGGGAGACACCAGGAACUGAAGAAGGAUCGCUGRGGGGACUCUGACUGCUGCUGGUUUGGCUAUAAAUCCCUCUGCAGAGUGAACUGUGGGAGGCCUGACGUGGACUAUAACGGGAUGGUGUACGGGAACGACUGGUGGGUGGGCUCAGUUGUCCGGUACGCCUGUCGCUCUGGCUUCCUAUUGGUGGGGGACCCUGCCCGAGCCUGCCAAUCCAAUGGAGGCUGGACCCCCAAACCCUCCUGUCUCAGGGUGUGUCGCCAGGGCCGUGUGGAGAUCACGGAGAAGGAGCUAGAAACGGCUACCUGCUCCUCCACCUGUCCCCUGAAGUCCUACAUGGGGCCUCUGAAGCAGGGCUGCUACGGCAUCGACAACUGCAGGAAGAUGAAUCCUGACUGGAAGCGCUGGUUCACCCGCUGUGACACGUGCCUGUGUGAUUGCCACAUCGCCUGUGCAUCUUUAGGUUAAAAGACGGACAAAUUCCACUAUUGAGUGACUAGAAUAUGCAUUUCAAAACCAUCACAAGGAAUAUCAGUGAACAGCCUAACAUCCCAGAUCCUCAUUGGAAUCUCAAUCGCAAUGCUCGAAUCCUCAUCGGCCUAUUGCUGCUUCAUCUGCSGUCAGAAGGAGGAUCAAAGGGGAAACCUAGAGAGACAUCUCUGUGGAACUAAUGACAGUCUGUCGCGAGAGACCGCGGUCCUAACCUCAACAACCUCAUGGGGUUAACGUACAGAACKCAGUGGAGGCAAAGACACUGCUUUUCCUCAGUUUCCCAAACAGACUCCCUGACUACGUGAAGGACUCAUCGUACAGCGUAUAUGAACCGUUUUAACGAUGGAGGGGGGAGACCUCUCCGAGUGUAGAGGUUCUGUUUGGGAUUAACGAGUUGUCCUUUAGCUAAACCUGCUCAUUCAAUCCGUCCUGGAACCUUAGAAUGAGCUCGUUGUUGAGCUGAGACCUUAAUCUUGUUACCCACCGCAGCCCAGAGGAGAGCAGAGGUGUCGGUGGAAGUCAGAGAGGAGGACCAGGUUAACUAUCGAACAGCAUGUUUACUAUACUGCAUGUGGAGAUAGCUUGGAAUACAUGAUAUGCCAUGUGUAUUUCUAAAUGGAUGGGGAUACACUUUGUUAAUAUUGUAAUAUCUUCAUUUCUCCUUAUGUUACAGCCAUUGGUUGGACUGUCUGUAUUGCUUAUAAGAUGUAGAUGGUUGUCCAAAGUCAAAGGUYCUUCCUCACUAACAAUGUUAAUUGUUGAUCAUUUGUCAUUGUCUUAUAAAUCCAACUCUUGUGUUUAGACCAUAGGGAUCUAGAUCCAUUCUAUUUAAUGAUGUGGUUUAGAUCACGAGCUGAGCCUCAGGAUAUGUUUGUUUUUCUUUGGGUUUGUAGCAGCCAACUCCUGCAAUGAAAUGAACAUGACCAAGUCGAACAUUGAUUUUGUCUUAGUAAUGCUACGCUAACAACUGCUUAUUACACACAGAAUGGAAUGUAAUACAAUACAAUAGCGUUGUACAUACUGGGAGGACGGAAGAAUAAGAGCUGAUUCARAAGCACUGUUUUAGACCCACACGAACCUGCGUCCAUCCUGGUCUGAACRCCAGAGGACUCUGACAGUAGCGCCCGGGAGAUCCGAUUGGCCUCAUUUCCAGCCACUCAAUUCACACGCUCCAGGGGCAGCCCGAAGUCUGGGUAACUCUUUCCCUGUGAACCUAUUAAAUGGAGAGCAACAAGUGUAAGUUCAUCGUGCACAACAAGGCAGGAUAGGCUAUGAUGACUGACCAUACRGUACAACAUUUUUGAUAAGAGAAAUUGACUUUCUGGAAGUAUGUAAUUGUAAAGUUUAUAAGAAUUAAGCCUGAAAAUGUAUGAUUUAUACAAGAGAUUACAUAGACUCCUCUGUCUAAUAAAAUGUAUUUAAAUGUGUGAUUAGUGUUAAUAAUGAUGCUAAUACUGACCAAUGAUCCUUACUUAAAGUCGUGGUCUGUGUCCUCCAGUCUCCUCAUGGGCCCCAAUAGUACUCCCCCUUCCACCACAGAGCUGGAGUAGACCUGACCAACCAAUUCUCCAUUGGACAMCUCACUCUCACACAGACAGCCUGAUAGGCACUGCCACCCUCACUGGACCUACAAGAUGCAACAAGAACCCAAGAUAAUGAAYGCUUAUUAUGACCCUUCAAGUGGGUAUGUACUCUCUUUAGUGUUCAAUGUGAAGCGAUGAUAACCAUAACUUAAAGASAAGUAAUAGCAUUAUGUAGUAUUGGUGACAGUUUAAUGUGUACGCAGACAUUUACUUUCAUAUUCAAUCAACAGACAUGAGCGAUACUGUUUGCAGGACACGGCCUAUAMCAACACAAUAUAUAGAUGUGAAUGUGGCCACUAUAAUAUGUCAGAGCACCCAAUAAAUAUCAUUGGAACUCACCUCCCUGUGCGAGUGUCCCCAGUAUCAACAGCUGCAGAAGAGCCACAGAGAGGAGAGUCGUAAGUCUUGGUGCCAUUAUGAUGAUUCUACCUGCGUCUCAAUCCAGAUGUCUCUUGCUUUGUCACACGCAAGAGCACUUCUACUGUGCCUGACCCCAGUGAUCCCAGUUUGAGCACAUUCCAGCCCCACGUUGUCAUGGUUUAUGUGUCUUAUUUAUCCAUUCAGCAAAAGGCAUUGUGGGUUAAGGUCAGCAUGCUCUUUAAGAGCUCACGCGUAAUGACAAAUCGAGACUGCGCGUAAGAAAAUGGCUUUUCUUUCAAAUGUUCCCUUUUGCUCCAUUUAAGGUCUUUUCACAAGGCCAUUCUUCAAGCAUAUUGUGAAUAAAAAGUGAUGUGUUUAGCUUGUCAUCGAUAUAAUAAAGCAGAAAUUUGCAUUGACGUCGAGUAAUGAUCUACCUUUGCCCUCUGACCCUGUGUUCCCUCAGGUGGCAUGGUGAAAUAUGAGGUGAAUACAAUAUAAAGGUAAAGAGCCUGGAGACAGUGGACACGAAGUGUACUUAAUCCUUCCUCAGAUAUAACCUCGGGGAGCUUUAUGCUCUAUUCUAKUGCAUUCAUUUCCUUGAUCAAAUUAGCAGUUGAUUUCUGAAGGCUUUGCAAUAAUUGUAUUGUUGAAACAUGUUUUUCUGCAGUUUUCCAAAAUCCAGAGUUUCAAUACGGGCCAAAACA